GGCGCUGUCCUUCUGCUGAGCCAGAUAACGCGCGAUAAAGCCCGUCUGUCGGAAACUCGGUAAGCAGGCAAACAAACAAUUCUUGAGGCCCGGCUUGAGGUCAGAUGCACCACCGGAGCCGUAAUCGUCCUUCAGUGGCCCUGCGAUUCCUUGUUUGGCUCUUGUGCACAAUUGCGACGAUUUCCUUGUCGUCUCGGGCUUCCGAGCAUUGAUUGAUGUUCGUGGGGAGACGGACGUUGCAAGCAUGGACUCGCACUUUUCUCGUUGAGGCUCGUUGUGCGUGGCGAGAUGGCUCUUGGCCAUCUCGGCUUGCUGGAAAUCGUCAAGAGUCACAUGCACAGGCAAUACGGGCUCGCGAGCAGCAGCCAGGGGAAUCAUGGAGGACUGGAGUGCAGGGGAUGUGAGCUCAAAGCGUCGACGAACAUGUCUCUGUGUCACUGUGCCAGUUCGAAUUGCCCGACGACUAGAACGAAAUUCGACUGCCCGGCCAAGUGCGAUGGAUCCUCCGUACACGAAGCGGGGCUCGAAGAACUCCGCAGUAAAGCGCCACGAGGAAACGCCGUGUCGUUCGUGGCAAGCAGAGGCCUGGGAUUGCCGUGUCGCAGUUGUGAAUGUGUACGACCGAAGGUCGAUGGUGGAGGAAGAAAAGACGAGCAAGGGAGUCCGAGAUCGAACAUCGGCAGGCUCAAACUGACAGUGGGAGCUCUCGGACUUGCAGCAUGUUUUGGAGGAUUGGCAGGACUCUGGAGGGCUUUGGAAUGUUCUCUACCGCCAGACUUUCGAGAACGCUGGAGGAGGUUAGUGAAUGAUCUUCCGGAACCGGCCAAACCGGUGCCAGCCGAGUCGCCUCUGGAGACCGUAAUCUAUGACUGUCAUGGAGCUGUGAUUGCGACCAUCGCAGCAGGUGGAUAUAGCGGGAAACGGGACGAUGAAUCGAAGCCAAGUACGUUAGGGAAAGGAGCAAAGCUGCGGCCUGGGGACAUUCCGUCUUGGAUGUGGCAGGCCGUAGUUGCGGCUGAAGAUCGCCGAUUCUUCGAGCACCAAGGCGUGGAUCCUCGAGGAGUUGCUCGGGCUGUGUUGUCGCUGGCUUCACGGGGAGGCGGGAGCACCAUCACGCAGCAGCUGGUAAAGAAUGUGUUUUUGAGCAAUGAGCGCAAAUGGACCCGGAAGCUGUCAGAAAUGCUGCUGGCCUUCGUUUUGGAGAAGCAGAUGUCGAAGUGGGAUAUCCUGCAUCAAUACCUGAAGAGGAUUUACUGGGGCCAUGGUGUGUAUGGAAUCGAGGGUGCCUCAGCUCUGUAUUUUGGAAAGCAUCCGUCUCUGUUGACACUUGGCGAAUGUGCUAUGCUCGCGGGGAUUGUUCCAGCUCCGGAGCAUCUGUCGCCGUACCGCGACUCCAGCAGGGGAAGAAAGCCCCAAGCCAGGGCUUUACGACGUAUGGUCGAGGCGGGGUUCUUGGAUCCUUCAAUGGCAGCCAGCGCAUUAGACGAGCCUCUUCCUCUUGCCAUCGAGAGCAAGGAGGGCACUUCUGGGCCUUGGAAAGCUCCGUAUUUCGUCAGCGAGGUGUUGUACGAGCUCACCCAAAAGUAUGGAUGGUCUGAGGUUGCCUGUGGCGGACUGCAGGUUCACACGACACUGGAUCUCAGAAUGCAGCUUAUAGCCGAAAAGGUCGUCGAGAAUGCAGCAGUGGAGUAUGACGAUGAGAGAAUUGUGCUGGCCGAUCAAGGAAAGCAGAAGACUCGCGACAGACUCGAAGAAUUUUACAUGGAGCGUGCUCAGAAAAUAGAGCUAGAGGUAGCGGCAACAAUCAAAAGGGUUGAAGAGCAAUCCAGAUUGCGUGCGAGAACUCUGAAGGGGAAAAAGCCCAGUGACGAGCAUCCUCAGGUUCCUGACGCAUCGCCCGCAGCCCUCGCGGCAAAAAUGACUGAAGCAUCCGUGAUGCGGAGAUUUGCCACUGCAGAAAAGUAUCUACAAACCACCCUUGCCAAGUAUGACGAAGAAAUUGAGUGUGCAGAAAAAUCAAGGAUGGAAGCAGCCAUGGUUGCCAUUGAUCCCAUCAGCGGUGCUGUUCGAGUUCUAGUUGGUGGCAGAGACUACUACGAGAGUAAUUUCAACAGAGGCACACAGGCAUUUCGCUCUCCUGGGUCAACAUUCAAGCCCGUUGUCUACUUGACGGCUCUGGCUCAGGGUAUGAAGCGAACUCAUGUGCUUAUGGAUGAGCCGUUCACCAUCGGGGGCUUUACGCCGCAAAAUUACGACUUGAAGUUUCGAGGCAAAGUCACGCUUGAAGAAGCACUCCUGUACUCGCUGAAUGUGCCGACUGUGAGGCUGUGUGCCCAGGUAGGCGUGGGGAAAGUGUGCGCUAUGGGAAAGGCCCUGGGAAUCGAAACAUAUCUGCCAUAUGAGCUUGCACUGUCACUGGGUGGCUGUGAGGUAACACCACUGCAAUUAGCCACGGUGUAUGCGACCAUUGCCUCGGGGGGAGUGUACCAUAAGCCUCACUUGAUCACUCGCGUGGAAAGCUCUGAUGGGCGAGUGCUCGAAGAACAAAAGCCACCGGGCCUGAACCAACGGACCGUGGUGAACGAGGGUGCAGUUGCGGAGUUGCGGGCUCUCUUGCAAGCCGUGGUGGAGCGAGGAACAGGUCGAGCUGCUCGAUUCGGGCGUCCCUGUGCCGGGAAAACUGGCACCUCUGAUGACCAUAAGGACGUCUGGUUUGCAGGCUUCACUCCGGAACUAGCAUGUGUUGUUUGGCUUGGAUAUGAUGACAACGCUCCGGUUGGAGGCAUGCAUCCGGGUACUGGGGCCUCACACGCUGCCCCUCUUUGGCAAGAAUUUAUGAAGCGUGUGCACGAGGGCCUACCUUUGCAAAAGUUCCAUGACAUAGGCAAUGACAAGCAUGGCAGUAGGGCCUACACCCCUUUCGAGAAUAGGUCUCGUCGGGUGAGAAGAUCAGGCAUACGUAAAAUCAGGAAACAUCUCAAACCCAGUCCCAAAUCGAGCCCGUGGAAACAAGUUUGGGACUGGGAGAAGGCAAGCAUUUACUGGGAAGAGAGAGAGAAAAUGGAGGGCUGGCUUGCUGAGCGCUCUAGUAGAGCUUUGGAGCUUCAGAAUCUGAAGCUUCAACUGGAGAAUACAAUGAAUAGACUACGCACGGUUCGCAGAUUGGCUCUGUCGAAGCAGUAAAGCUGGAGCUUCUGUGAAAUUUGUGACGGCUGCAAUUUUAUCCGUUACUGUUGGCACAAGAUGUCUUGAAGUUGAAUGCUUUCAAGCGGUGCACUUAAGGUUCCUACUCUUGUAUGGCCCUGAAGAGUGAGAAACUUUCUCGUAACUGAUGGAACUGUGAAAGGACUCCUUGUCUGUGCUGUCGACGUUUUGGAGUCAAAUGGAGCUCACGGGUCAACAUGGGGCGGCAUGUACUUCGAUCUGAUUACUCUGGCAAAUCAGUGUUCGCACUGCGAGAAGAGAUGGGCCGCGCGACUACGGGCUCAUAAGUAACUCAUUCCGCAGGUACCAAAGUGGGUGGAGUAAUCUCAGAACAAAGUUGUCUGGGUUUUUUUUAAUUAUGUGCAAAGUUUUAUUUGGUCAAAUUGGGGAAUUGGCUUAGCAUGCUCGUCAGGUGAAUGGCAAAUGCCUUCAGAUCUCAAGGGACAGAUGGGUCGUUCAAAUGCAAGUUGAUUUGCAUACUCGCGCAAGGAAAACUGCUUAUUCCCUGGGAUUGACGUUCGACUCACAUUCUGCCGGACUUUUCUACUUGAAACCCGCGAAAUCCAGAACGACUACGCAUGGAAACUAUAAGGACUGAUACUACCAGAGCAUGUGUUCUGUGCCCAAAAUCUUCUCACAUAAAAAGAACAUGGCUCCAUCACGCUCCGUCUUCGUGAUCAUUGUUUUUGGGGCUCUAUGUAAUUAUAUAGUUUACAGACGUAUUUUUUACUCUUGAACGACUGCAAUCCGCUAGGAACUUAUUCAGGAUGAUAGUGUACAGGAGGUCAACUUAGAGUGUACCACCUUACUCUAUAUGAAUUGGAAGAUAUGAGGUAGUUUACACGGGACUAACGUAGUAAAUCAGGCAGAAUUGUCAUGCAUUAAAGCUUAAACUCAUGUUCACCCACCUUUUUCUUGGAAUUUGUUAUUAUUUGCC